ACAAGCUGCAUAUUUAAUCGGAUCUCUGCACUGCGCCGUAGCUUGCAAGUUACACCGGUCGGUUCAGCUGCCCAACUAAAAGUCGUCUAUUAUGUCAUAAGGCCUUGGCUCAGCCACUCACCGUAAGAAGUUAGGCUGAGGUUCUUGGGAGAGUUACGAACCGCAUUCACACAGUACUGAAUUAUACCUCACCUCUACACAUCCAGCGAACCCGUGCCAUCCGAGUCAGCUUGAACCCCCAACCCCGGCGUCUGCGGGGUGAAGUGCACAAUGAGUUUGAAAGGCCUGGGCAAGAGUUUUGCGCGCGCACCGCAAACGUUCAAGGCGCGGUUCAAUAUUGGAGAAAAUACAAAGGAUCCUGUCUAUAUCGACGCUGAGCGAAGAUUUCAAGAAUUGGAGAAGGAGACUAAGAAACUUCAUGAUGACUCCAAGAAAUACUUUGAGGCUAUCAACGGCAUGUUGAACCAUCAGAUCGAAUUCUCCAAAGCAAUGACCGAAUUGUACAAGCCCAUAUCGGGCCGUGCCUCCGAUCCGAGCACGUAUACCAUCGAAGGCAACCCCGAAGGAAUUCAGGCGUGUGAGGAAUACGAGGCCAUUGUGCGAGAUCUACAAGAAACACUGGCACCUGAACUCGAGAUGAUUGAAACCAGAGUCAUUAGUCCAGCCAACGAACUCUUGGACAUUAUCAAGAUCGUCCGCAAAGUAACCGUGAAACGUGAACACAAGAAACUCGACUACGACAGGCACCGGGCAACUUUGAAGAAACUUGAAGAGAAAAAGGACAAGUCGUUAAAGGAUGAAAAAGCGCUGUACAAGGCAGAAAAUGACGUGGAGCAAGCCACGCAAGAAUAUAAUCACUACAACGACCUGUUGAAAGAAGAAUUACCGAAACUCUUCCAGUUGGAAGCCGAGUUCAUUGGACCUUUGUUCCAGUCCUUCUACUACAUGCAACUGAACGUGUUCUAUACGCUACACGAGAAAAUGCAGGGCGUCAACAUCGGUUACUUUGACUUAACUCGCGAUAUCGAAGAGGCCUACGAAGCCAAGAAGGGAGACGCAAAGGAGAGAGCCGAAGAGCUCUCAAUCGUUCAUUUCAAAACUACUGGUGGUCGUCGUUCAACUGCUUCCAAAUUCUCUUCUGCCAAGGAUAAACUUUCCGAGAACAGACUCAGUUCAUCCUCAGCUCGCAGAAACUCUACCACCGAGAAGCCUCCUCCACCGUAUUCACCUACCGGUGCCGCAGGUACGACUCUAAUCGGCCGUGCGAAUAGCACGGGUGGUAGUGUUCUAGCUGCUGCUGCGAAAUCUAAGCCGGCUCCACCACCCCCAAAACCGAAGCCGGGUUAUUUGGCAAAGCCGAAUGUCGAGACUGUGACUGCGCUGUAUGACUAUGAGGCUCAGGCACAUGGUGAUCUCAGCUUUUCGGCCGGUGAUGUGAUUGAGAUUGUCCAGCGUACGAAUAAUGAGAAUGAAUGGUGGACAGGACGGUUACACGGGAGAGAGGGACAGUUUCCAGGGAACUACGUCAAACUCAACUAAAAAGACUACAUUUGUCUCAAAGAUAUUUAUUGUCACCGCACGUUUUGAAUGAUUCUCUAUUUCGGAGACAGGAGCUGCAUUUCAGCAGACCCUGUUGUUACCCCCAGUUUAAUUUGAAGUACAUAUUCAAGCGGCAUUCUAUACAUAUUAUAUUUACUCUUCUUCGCUUCAGUUCUAAGAUUUUGAUUAGUUAUCACAACUUUAUGCUUAUACGUGCUCGACAGUCCAGUCAAUGAGUCUAAUAGAUUGCUACUGUGAUAAUAUUGAAUAUUAAACUGGUUUCAGGUGG